GCCCUACCUUGCCAGACUUAGCUGACCAGCCAGCAAGGACGCCCGCUGCCUCCCACCUGCCCUCCUGCCCUCCUUCGCCAUCCAAGCCCAGCCUGAGCCAGCACCUGCCUUUACGACCAUGUUCAAGGGAUUGAGCAAAGGCUCCCAGGGGAAGGGGUCCCCCAAGGGCUCCCCAGCCAAGGGGUCCCCCAAAGGCUCCCCCAGCUAGCACAGCUGGGCUGCCACCCAGGAGCUGGCCCUGCUCAUCUCCCACAUGCAAGCCAGCGCCGACCAGGUGGAGCGGGACAUCCUGGAGAUGCAGAAGAGGCUGCAGCAGGACCGGCUGAACAGUGAGCAGAGCCAGGCCCUGCAGCACCAGCAGGAGACGGGCCGCAGCCUGAAGGAGGCCGAGGUGCUACUCAAGGACCUCUUCCUGGACGUGGACAAGGCCCGGCGGCUCAAGUACCCGCAGGCUGAGGAGACUGAGAAGGACAUCAAGCAGCUGCACGAGCGGGUGACCCAGGAGUGUGCGGAGUACCGUGCCCUGUACGAGAAGAUGGUACUGCCGCCCCGGCGUGGGACCCAGGGUCGACUGGGCACGCGUGCUGGAGCAGAAACAGAAGCAGGUCUGCGCCGGCCGGUAUGGGCCGGGCAUGGCGGAGCUGGAGGAACAGAUCGCGGAGCUCAACAUCCUGCAGAACAAGAUCAACGACCAAGGAGAGCAGCUGCGGAGCCUCGUGGGGCCGGAUGCAGCCACCAUCCGGAGCCAAUACCGAGACCUACUGAAGGCGGUGUCGUGGCGCGGGCAGAGCCUGGGCAGCCUGUGCACGCACUGCAGGGCUGCACGCGGCAGCUGAGCGCCCUGGCGGAGCAGCAGCGCCGCAUCCUGCAGCAGGACUGGAGAGACCUCAUGGCCGAUCCUGCGGGCGUGCGGCGGGAAUACGAGCACUUCAAGCAGCACGAGCUGCUGAGCCAGGAGCAGAGCGUAAACCAGCUGGAGGACGACGGAGAGCGCAUGGUGGAGCUGCGGCACCCCGCGGUGGGGCCCAUUCAGGCCCACCAGGAGGCCCUGAAGAUGGAGUGGCAGAACUUCCUGAACCUGUGCAUCUGCCAGGAGACCCAGCUGCAGCACGUGGAGGACUACACCCGGUUCCAGGAAGAGGCCGACUCAGUCAGCCAGACCCUGGAGAAGCUCAACUCCAACUUGGAUGCCAAGUCCAGCCCUGCACCUGGGGGCCCCCCUGGCACCCCCACAGAGCUGCUGCAACAGCUGGAGGCAGAGGAGAAACAGCUGGCCGUCACUGAGAGGGCCACUGGGGACCUGCAGUGGCGAAGCCGGGAUGUGGCCCCUCUGCCACAGCGAAGAAACCUGCCUCAGCAGCCCCUGCACGUGGACAGCAUCUGCGACUGGGACUCAGGAGAAGUGCAGCUGCUGCGGGGUGAGCGGUAUAAGCUGAUAGAUAACACUGAGCCGCACACCUGGGUCGUGCAGGGCCCUGGUGGGGACAACAAGUGUGCUCCCGCCGCCUGCUUCUGCAUCCCAGCACCAGACCCUGAUGCCGUGGCCAGUGCCUCCCGGCUGGCCUUGGAGCUGCAGGCCCUGAAGCAGAAACAGGCCACAGUCCAGAGCUGCCUGAAGGCCAGCACUGUGGAGUCUGUGCGGCCCAGCUAGCAGGCUCCAUCUGGCUUGGCCUUGGCCAACCCACAGGCCCAGAAGCUCCUGACACAGAUGACCCGGCUGGAUGGAGACCUGGGACAGAUAAAGAGGCAGGUGCUGGCCUGGGCGCGGGCCCAGCUAAGCCGCACCACACCCCUGGAGGGCCACAUCCACAGCCACAAGGGGCGGUCACCCAGCUGAAUCAGAGUCAGGCUGACACUGACCCAGAUCCCUGUGACCGGGACUCUCAGCAACGACACAGAGGUGACCUGGGGGAGCAGUCGUCUUGGAAUGGGAGGAGGAAGAGCCCCCAUGUGGAGCACGUGGACACAGGAAGAGGUGCAGGUGCUGGCCUGUGAACCUGGUCUUCACCUGAGGGACGGGCAAGUGGAGGACAGAGAACCAGUAGAUUGUGCAGGGGUCCCAGGACCUGAUUGCUUGUAUCCACCAUUGACCCUGAAGACAUUCACAGAUGUUCUGUUGGACCCAGCUGUCAUGAGAUGCCCUGAUGACAGCCCCAAUUUUGGAGCCAUAGGUGAAUGUCGCUGUCCCUCUAGGAGGUGUGGACAGUGAAAGUUCCUGUGUCACCACAGCCUGGGAAGUGACUCCUGAACCCAUAGAAAGAAAAAAGAUAUCAUCAGGACAGGAGACAAAACCCUGGAGAAUAUAGACACCUAGUAGUUUCUAAGUAAUUUUUUUAACUAUUAAAAAAAUCAUUGAGCAAAUAAAGAAAAAACAUACAAAUAUCUACCUUUCUAAU